CUCCACAGCUAUGAAUCAUCUCUAUAGAGUCUGACUGGAUUCGCUGCUAACUCCGGUCGUCUGACGCUGUUGAGCUAGAGAAGUUCGGCACAGUCGCUAGUGGAGGUAUUCUAUGUUUUGUUAGUGUCUGUAUUUGAAUAAGUGUGACUUUAUCGAUGCGUUUUUGUUGCGUUUUGUUUACACGUAUCGCGACGAUCAGCUGCUGAUUUAUUGGACGGACGUCGAGGUGACACUGAACAGUUCUCUCUCUCUGUCUUAGCGAUGGCAAACAUGGGGGUGAGGCCUGCUUCCCCUGCUCCCUCCAUCUCUCUCCUGGAAAUAAAAGCAGAGACACGGUUGGUACUGAAGUCUUUCCUGCGUAAAUCGCUCUCUAUACCUCCUGGAGAGCGGCCUGGAAGGAUAGGAGGAGAAUACAAGGACCCAAACAAAUACAGUGCUGCUCAAAAGGAGAAGAUGAAGAAAGAUGCAACUGAUGUAUGGGACUCUUUGGAUGAGGAGAUUAGUGCCGUGGAGGAGAAGAAACAUGGAUUUAAAAAUCUACUAAAAAGAAGGCUGAGGCCGCGUUCAUCCAUGAUCCACCGUGCUAAGAAAGACACCAGUGGUGACCAGACUCAAAACAACACCCUGGAGAAACAGAGUCAGUCAGGCCACUCGGACAAGGCAUCCACAAAUGGAGCAAGUAGUUUACCCAGGAAAUCUGAGGAAGAGAGAUUAUCUCCAUCUUCUGCAUCUGAAGAGGAGGGCAACAGAAAGCCAGUGGACAAAAAUAAGAAAAAGAAGAAAAAAAUUAAAAUAUCUGAUAUACUCAAAAAAGUGACAUUUAAAAAAGAAGAGCCUCGUCCUCAGCGCCCAGCCACACUCCAUUUAAGAGAUGAUGCAAGUUUUCCAGAACCUGCCAAACCGGCUGAUUCACCUUCACAUCCUCCUGAAUUCUAUGAUGGUGUGGCAGAAACUCUGGACAGAAUUGCACAGAAACAUAGUGUGAAAAAGAAAUCUCCCAUUAAACCAGAGCCUGUGCCAUGUGCACCCAAAGACAAACACAAAGAGGUUGUGGUUCAACAGCUAGUUCAGAUAUUGACUGCAGAGGGGGAUGCUAUAAAUGAAAAGAUAAAUACCAACUCUUUCCUUCGGUCCACCCUUACCCGGAUUUCCUACCCAUCCUUUGCCAAACUCCUCGACACAUGUGCCAGUCAGAGUGAAGAACCUCCCCUUCCUGCACCUGUUAGCCCUACACUGCGCCGCCUUGCCAUCACUAUGGAUGUGUCUCGGCGAGUCGUCACAGCAACUGGAGUUCAGCGUUUGACGGGGUAUACUGAACGCUACAUGGAGAGCUUUGCCCCGUGGGUGAGGAGUCAUGGAGGAUGGGGUAACAUUGCACAGAUUGAUGAUGUCCUGGAGUAUGAUUGACCUCAGCCACCUUAGAAUUUUUUAUGUGAAUUUUGGAUCAUGUAGCUUGACUUCUAUGAGGAAAAGAAAACCAAAGGAAAUGACACUACUGAUAAUGAAGUUUCUC